AUGGCGAUAUGUUCAAUAUUGGUAAUGAUGUUGACACAUUUAACUGGAUUUAUCUUGAGUUUAGAGUGUGGUAACCAAUGGUUCAUGAUGGUCGACUGUCCAAAUUUCUUCCCGGGAUAUAAUACAAGUUUUGUAAACAUGACUGUUAAUACUAUUUACAACUGUGUUCUUCAAGCUGAAAAAGAAUCCACUGCCAAGUCAUUGGUAUUUCACAAAGAUUCUCAAACUGGUCAGAAAACUUGCUAUUUAUAUGAAGAGAUUGCAUCAAGUUGUGAAGGCUCCGUGGAAGUGGAUUUUGGAGUAAAUAAAUAUUUAUUUAAGCCAUAUAAAUGUGAGAACGGAGGAAGUCUAACUGAAGAUAAAUUAAGUUGUGACUGCAUAGCUGGAUAUUUUGGAAUAUCUUGUACAGAAUUGGCAACAGAUUGUCAGGAUUUAAACAACAGAGGGAUACGAGAUCGUGGUUUAUAUUCUGUCAAUCUUCUACCAAACAAGCCACCAAUAAACUUGACUUGUUUUGGGGGAAGAACUGUUGUUAUGCACCAACACAUAAAUAAGGAUGUUAACUUCACUUUUAAACGUUCUUGGGCUGAAUACCGAGAUGGCUUCUAUGGUGAAGAAAAUUUUUGGUUGGGUCUUGAACUCAUGCAUAUUUUAACUACACAAAAAUCUCAAAAUAAGUUGGAUGUUAGUGCCAGAAUUGUCAAUCCUGGCGAAGAACAGGAAGAAUAUUUAAAAACAACUUUCACCGGUUUUAAGGUAGAUGGGGAGAAUACAGAGUUUUUAAUGGGGUAUUCUGGAACACGAUAUGUUGGUAACUAUUUGGGUGAACUGUUAAGAACUCUUAACAAUUCACGAUUUAGUACCUAUGACCGUGAUAAUGACCAAAUGGCAAUAAAUUGUGCGAUGAAGUACGGUGGAGGAUGGUGGUAUAACAACGCUGGUACAUUUACAAGGGAUUUUACACCAAAUGAAUUCCAAUUCGAAUGUGCCCCUGCUAACCCUACAGGUUAUUUUUGGAAUCAAUGUGAAGGUUGUACCAGUGAAGUAAAGGAUAUAUCCACUGGAUCAGUUUUUAAUGGCACUGUUCGAAUGGUUGAUUUAGUAUUAUCUGAUUGA